UCCUUUCACUCACCGUACGCCGGUCACGCCGCAGUUUCCAGUCUUCUGUUGGUCAAAAAAAAGAAAAGAAAAGAAAAAAGUCUUCUGUUGGUCAAACUACAGCAGCAGCAGCAGAAGCAGAUAUGAUACGGUCAUUAAGUUUACUCAAAUACUCUCUGAAUGUCUCUCAGAGGGCUCAUAUCAGUCUGUUGUCAUCCAGCAGAGGAGUCGGGAAAAGAAUAACGUUAGUCUCUGCCACAUUCACUGGAGCAGUUCACACUAAUGUCAGACAGCACCUUCCUCACACCAGAGCUGCCAGACUCUGGAGCUCCAGCUGUGCUGCUGGGGUCAGUGUGGCUCAUCGCAGAUACAGCACACAACAGGCUGAGAGCACAGAGGAGGAGACGCUCCACACAAUCAUCAGUGACACCGAGAACGUUCAAGGAUCUUACUCCAAACACGAGUUUCAAGCAGAGACGAAGAAACUGCUGGAUAUUGUGGCCAGAUCGCUGUAUUCUGAGAAAGAGGUGUUCAUCAGAGAGCUGAUCUCAAACGGCAGUGAUGCUCUGGAGAAACUGCGGCACAAGAUGAUCAUAUGGGGAUGUCAAUGA